AUGAGUUGGGUCGUGGAAGAGUGGAAAGAAGGCCUUUCCACACGAGUCCUUCAUAAGAUUCAAGAACUUGAAAGUCAUCUUGAGAAGCUUAAAAAGGAGCGGCAGCAAAGGCAGUUUCAGCUAGAAUCUCUGGAGGCAGCUUUGCAAAAACAGAAGCAGAAGGUUGAAAAUGAAAAAAAUGAAGGAUCAACACUGAAGAGAGAGAACCAGACCUUGAUGGAACUGUGUGAAAGCCUAGAAAAAACCAAGCAGAAACUUUCUCAUGAACUUCAAGUAAAAGAAUCACAAGUUAGCCUUCAAGAAGGGCAACUUAUUUCAAGCAAGAAACAAAUUGAAAGGCUAGAACAAGAACUUAAAAGAUAUAAAUCUGAACUAGAAAGAAGUCAGAAGACCCUCAUUUCCUGUGAAGCAUCUUUAACUAGCACACCACAGAAGAAUUUGACUGAUCCUUCACUGUCAAGUCAGAAUGAUUCAGAGUCUGAAGAACUGCAAGUAAAAUGCCAUAAAGAAAUUGGAGAAAAGAAAAGACUGGAAACAGAAUGGAAAAUCAUGAAGUCUCAAAAAAUAAAUCCCUUGCAUCCUGAAAAUACUAUAAGCCGCAGAGAAAUUGCCCGGCAACAGGCUUCUUCAUCAGUGUUCUCAUGGCAACAAGAGAAAACGCCAAGUCGUGCUUCAACUAGCUGUCAAGAAACUCCCUUAAUCAGUCAAUCGGCGACUUCACAUUUUCCCUGGGAAUCUGGGGCAACUCCUAGUCACAAAGAUCUGAACUCAGCAAAGAAGGAGUUCACUAACUGCAGUGUAUGCAAGGACUCCCCACUUGUUCACCAGAUGAAAAUGCAGAACCAAGAACUAAGAUCCAGAGUUCAAGAACUAGAUCAUAAGCUGCAAAUUCAAGCACAAGAGAUGAAAUCCAGUAUCACUAAACUUCAGGAAACGCAGCUGCAACUGGAAAGUAUGAAAAUGGAAUUAACAGAAAAAGAUAAAGCUCAGAACAAGACCAGCAAAGAAAUAACUAGAAUUGCAACACAACUUGAUCAAGCUCUUGGUCAGUUGGCUGCAAAAGAGGAGAAGGUGAAAAGGCUUUCAGAUGAGCUGAACUGUCAAAGACAAAAUUCUGAGAGUGCCCAGUGCUCUUUACAACAGAAAAUAAAGGAAAGAGAAAAAGAGCACCAAGAGGAACUCUCUCUCCAGCUCAGUCAGGUCAAGGCUGAACUACAGGGAGAGCUGCAUCAAGCCAAGAAGAGCUACAAUCUUCUUCAAGCAGAACUUGAGAAAACUCUCUCAGAAAAACAACAGCUGGAAACAAAUGCCAAAGACUUUACCCAGAAGCUGAAUCUCAUGGACCAGGCUAUACGAACAAUGCAGCUGAAGGAAAAUGAGCUGAAAAGAACCUGUGAGGAAAUAAAACAACAAAACCAUCUUCUCACUUGCCAGUCUGCUCAACAGUUGCAGGAGAUUUGCCAAUUAAAAGAUGACCUCUGUGGAGCCAAACAGCUUCUGCAACAGAGUCAGCAUUUUGCAGAAGACAUGAAAAACAAAAAUUGUUCUCUAGAAACAGAAUUAAAAGUACUUGAAGAGAAAUUGAAGAAAGAAGAUGAUGCUUUCACUUUAAAGGAAAUGAAAGUUGUCAUUUCUGACUUGGAAAAAGAACAAGAUUCUCUCCAGCAGCUUUUGAAACAUAAAGAAAACAUAAUUGAAGAGCUGAGUAUAAAACUGGAGGAUCUAGAAACUUUGCAGAAAGGAGUUGUAGAGUGUGAAGGACCUAAAAAAGAGAUUGAGGUCCUUUCUCAGUGGAAGGAAGAAAGUGAGCAACUCUUGAAUCAACUUGGUGUAGAAAAAGAAGAACUGAUGAGCAAAAUUAGCAACUUGGAAAGGGCUUUGAAGACUGAACAGUUUAUAAGUCUUGAGAGAACAAGAGCCAUUGAAGUUGAAAAUGAAAAUCUUACUGUGGAGAUCAACAGUCUAAAAUGUAUGGUGGAAAACAAAAUUGUAGAACUAGAGGAACACAAAAAAGCUUACAUUGAUCUUCAGCAAGAAAACGCAAUGUCUGAAGAAAAGCAUAGGAAAGAGAGAGAGAACAAUUCACUGAAAUUAUCUGAGUUCACCAAACAAGUGGAUGUCCUAGAGAAAAAGCUACAAUCAACAGCAAAUGAAGUAUUAGACAAGGAAAAAUGUAUUGCUGCUCUUGAAACAUCUUUAGCAUCCCACAUGCAGCUAAAUGCAUGCCUUCAGAAGCAAUGUGAAGAGCUGUCCCAAGCUAGAGAUGAAAUAGAAAGAAAAUUAGCUGAAGCAGAGCAAAGGGGAAAAGACUUUACGCAGGAGACAGGACAGCACCUUAGCAGGCUGCAAGCAUCCCUUUCUGAAAAGCAGGACUUGCUUGCUGAAGUGUUAGCUGCUCUUGAGGAAAAAGACAAGCAAUUACAAGCGUUGAUUAAAGAGCACGGGCAACAAACAGAGAUCCAGGAUUUAAAAAUCAAUAGCACAUCACCCAAGUACUCAGCACAACAGCUAAAAGUUAUGUCUCAAACAAUAAGCCAAAAGGAACCAGAUUUGUCUGCAGAAAUAUCCAUAAGUAAAAAGGAAACUGAAGGACUUCAUGAUCACAGUUCCAGGCUUAGGUGUGCUAUGGCUACUCCAGGACAAAAAAAAUUAAGUUUAAUGCAAACAAAACUACUUCUUUCCAAUAGCCUGGAGAAAAGAGAGGGAAGCUUCUCAGAGCUGUCAGAAAAGCAGAAAAGGAAGAGCUUGUUACUGUCCGAAGCUGAAGGUUUGGAAAUGAAAUGUAUGUCACUGGAAGCCCAGGUAGAGAACUUAGAAGGUGCUUUAAGAGAGCAAGCUUGCCAUUUUGAAGUAGAGAGAAAUGAAUUUGAAACCCAAGAGAAACAACAGCUGCAUAAAUGUGAGGAGCUGCAGCAUAAGAUUGUGUCCUUGGAAGAAAAAAAUAACAUCUUACAUGGGCAGCUUGAAAACAUUCAGCCAGUACCUGAAGAAGCUGAGAUUUUAGGGCAGGAGAGUGUGAUCCAAAAUAAUGUACAACCUCAUGACAGUGUCUGGCUGCAAGAGAAUAAGCAACUGAUCAAGGAGCUGAAAAUAAGGAAUGAGAAAGGAAAAGGUGGCUUUCCUUUAGACAGGGCUUCACUGGAAUCCUUGAGACUAUCCAUGAAAGAAAAGGAGGAUGAGCUGAAUAAGUAUCAAGUUAAGCUUGAGCUGCUUCAGAUGGACCUUGAAGAUAAAGAAAUCUCUGUAGAAAACUAUGCUGAUCAAGUAAAACAGCUGGAGAUUGUGUUGAGGACUAUGGAAAUAAAAGUGGAGAGAAGUGAAAUGGAAAAAGAGAAACUGAAGCAUGAGUUGCAAGUUCUUAAAGAACUGGGAAAUCCAGCUUUAGAGAUUGCAGAAGAGGAUGGAAAUAACCAUUCACCAGUAUCGUCCAGAGCUGUAACCAAGGAAAACUUUAACCAACAAAUAGAUUCUAAGUGUUCAUCAGUUCCUCCUGAUCUGACACUCAGCCAAAAUGAUUAUGCCCAAUUAGCAUCUUCCUUACAUGUGACAAUGAGCAUGCUAAAUGAGUUGGAGAAAAUGUGUGAACACCUGCAGACAGAAAAGUCAACAUUAGCAUCACAGCUGAAACAGGCCCAGUUGGAAUGCAUCACAAGCACAGAUACUGUGGCAGAAGAACUUGUGGAAAAAAUUGGUGAGGACAAAGAAAAGAAGGCUCCUUUUUCUGUUGAGUUAAUAGGCCCAUAUAAAUUGGGAGCACAGUCCGAUAUUGAUCAAAUCUCCUUAAUGACUGAGGAACAUUGUGUUGGACUUGACUAUGCAGAUUUGAAAUUAACCAGCAAACAAAUUAAAACAUGCCUUGAUGAGGUUAAAGAAAAGGCCUUGUCUUUGAAAAAUGAAUAUAACAUUUUUCAGGAGCAGUCUUUGAAUAUGAUCUCCAAAAUAUCAGAAUUACAAUGUUAUAGUGAAACACUUAAAGAAGAAAAUACUGCACUGCCAACAAGCUUCAACCAAGUCAGUACUCCUUCACUCACAGUGCUGAUGACCCCAAGCCCAGGAGAUGAAAAGUUUCAAUCAGAUAGAACAUUUUGCAUGGGGAUUCCAUGUUUCAGUGAGACUGUAUUUUGUGGAACAUUGAUUGCUACAGAGGCUGCUUUUAAUGGUGAUCACAACAAAACAACAAAUGGAAUAAGUGGACCAAACUCUGACAAAAAAGCUAACCUAAAAGGUACACCUGACAAGCAUCACAAUUCCCUUGUAGAACUGUUCAGUAACUAUGCUUGGGUCUUUCCCAUGAAGCAGGAACAUGUCAUAUCAAAAGAGGAAAAAAUGAUAAAUAUGAUGGAACACCUGCUAUGUGAGGAUUAUGAAAAUUCCUUCAAGAUGAUUGAAGAAUCAUUUAGGAGUCAUAAAAAUCUGGAAGAUGAAGAAAUUCAAAAGAUUCAGGGGCUGCUCCUUUCUGCAAGGGAAGAAAUAGAUGGCCUCCAAAAGCAAAAUAUAUCUGACAAUGAAAAAUGGCAACAGAAACUUCAUCGUGUGAUCCUGCAGAUGGCAUCUGAAUUGCCAGAUGAGAGGAAAGCUGAGCCACAGCUCCCUCUACGAGGACUUGAUGUCAGUUGUCAGCCUUUGCUCUGUGUUGACCCUGAACCUCAAGUGGUGUUUCCACCUGAGCAAGGAAAUGAUCACUCAUGCCAUCUGGGAAUGAAUGCCUUGUCUAGUAUAAGCACAGUGCUUGAAGCUGUGGAUCAUAAAGCAGCCAUAAAACCCUAUGAAGAAAAUGGAUCAGAAGUCCAAAGAACUGCUUGUGAAGCAAAAGUUAGUAUAAAAUCUACAGCAAAAUGUCUCCCAGAUUUAGAUAAAUACUCCAGAAAUGCAGCAGAUGAAUCUGUAAGUCAUCUAAACUGUCCUGAUGAGCUAUCGCUUCCUCCAAAUCACAACACAAGUAUAAUGUCUGGAAAUUUCUUGGAGAACCGCUGCAGCAGUGAAAUAUCUCAGCAACACAUAAAACAAGCUUAUAGUCAAAACUCCAAGACUUCCCAUGACAUGGAGGAAAGUAAGGAAAUAAUUAAUACUCUGCUAAAGGAAAUUCAAAAUGCAAAAUCAGAUUUGGAUUCAAAGGCCAAAGAGUUGGCUGAAAAGAGAACUUCUUGCAUAGAGUUAAACAAAAAAAUCUUAUUCCUCGAACAAGAAAACAAAGACCUCAGUGAAGCACUUAAAUCUGUUACUUCUGAUAACCAGCAAUUAUCUUAUAAUCUUACGAUACUUGAGAUAGAAUUUAAGAAAGCAAAAUCUGAUCUGGAAGUAAACAAAAUUAGAUUGUCUGAUACUGCAGAUGCUCUAGAAGAUUUAGAAAUGACCAAGGCAGACUGGGUUGAGAAGCUUCUUGAAGUGGAAAAUGAUCUAAGGAAGAUAAAAUCUGAAAAAGGGAAUGUUGAAAGGCAUGCCCUGUCCUUGGAGGCUGACCUUGAAGAGUUUCAGUCAAAGAAUGAGCUGUUAGAAAAAGAAAUUGAAAAUAAACUGAAAACCAUUUCUGGCCUUCAAGAACAGCUUUCUGUAAUCACAGCUGAGAGAAAUCAAUUUAGUCAAGAGCUCAGUACUUUGUCAAUUGAUAAAGAAGAACUGGAUCAAAUACACAAAAAAAUGCAGGCAAAGAUCAAAGACCUUGAGCUGAGUCAAGUGGAUUCUGCUGAAUUUAUCAGGAUAUUGGAAGCUGAAGCUCGGAACCAGGCAAAAUUGCUUCAGGCCACAAAGGCUGAUUCUGAUCAGUUAUCAACAGAAAAGGACUGCCUCAUGCUGCAGUUGCAGAAUUUGGAUAAGCUUGUGCAGGAACUUGCAUUAGAAAAAGAAGCUGCACAAAACCAAAUGGAGCAUCUAGCGGAGGAAAAAGAAGUGAGCCUUAGGGAAUGUGAAAGUUUAUCCAGCAAGUUAAGUACCUCUGAAAUGGAGAAUGCCAAAAAGUCCAAGUUUUUGGAAGGGUCACUGAAAGAAAAGCGUAUACUUGCAGCAAGAUUGAAAUCUGCCCAGGAAGAAGUACAUGACCUGCAGCGGGGCAUGGACCAACUUACAAAGAGAAUAUUAUCUGAUGAAAAAAGCAGGCAACGCAUGGCCGAAAAGCUAAAAGAAAAUGAGCGGAAAACUGACUCUCUUCUGGACAAAAUUGAGCACCUUGAAAGGGAAUUGCAACUGUCAGAAGAAAAUUUGGAAAAUGCCAUUCUUCAGACUGAGCUGGCCAAAGCAGAGACAGAAACAGUGACUGCUGAGGUAGGAAAGCUGCAUGAGAAUUUGCACAGCUUACAGUGUGAAAUUAACGUCUUAAAGGCAGAAAAAGAGUGUCUAGGGAGAGAGCUGGAAGAAAAUCGAGACAAAGUAUCCAGUUUAGAAGUGAGUAAUAUCACACUUGUGAAACAGUUGGAAGAAAUGGAAAAAAGAAAGGUGCAAAUUGUUGGCAGUUAUGAAAACAUGUUGGCACAAGUGGCAUCCAAGCUGAAACAGAUCUGUGAAGAAAUGAAACUUUUUCCUAGCAAGCAAAAAACUUACAAGGCAAAAAAAGAGGACCUGAUUAAUGAAAUAACUUCACUCAAAGAUGAGAAUGCACGGCUGGUUUAUUUCCUGGAGGAAGCAAAAUGCAAAAAUUCUGAACUAGAACAGUUGAUGGAAACCUACAUCCAGGAAUUCCAAGACUUUGAACAAAAAUUUAAUGAAAACGAUUCUUCUCUUGAGCUAAAAAAUGAAACUUCACAGGUUUUCCCUGAAGAUCCACAGGUGUCUUCCAAACAUCCUGAAGAGGAGUUGGAAGCCAGAACAUCUGAACAGUACACCUUGCUUGGACAGCCAAGUAAACUUCAGAAGAUAGUGCAACUUAAGGAGGAAUAUAAUUAUUUCUGUCACAAAUUCCAGCAGUGGUUGGAUGAUGGUAGGAAACUGAAGCAGGGAAAAAAACAUAUGGUGAAGCAGAUCCACGAACUUGAGACUCAAUUGAAAAUGGCAGAUGCAUGUUCUCCGGGAGUUGUUCCUAUGGAGGAAAUAAGGUUGGAACUGGAAGGACUGAAGGAAUCACUUGAGGAGAAAACCACAGAGGCAGGUGAGAACCUGGAGAAGUACUGCGCCUUGAUAAUUAACCUCCAUAAAUUAGAAGAAGACAAUGAGAUGCUAAGAACACAAGUCUCUCUACUGAACACUCAACUCAAACAGUUGUCACGUGCCACCAGUUCUUUCCAAAGUUCAGGAGGUCCAACAAAAAUUGCAGAUGAGCUGCUAAUGGAAAAGCCAUUGUCUGGAAGCACAGCUGCAGAGGGACAAAAUUGCCAAGGAAACAGAGAGAGCACCAAGAAGACAAGAACUUUACCAGAGGCUGUCAUUAAAGAAAAUGAAAAUAAAACCACAUUUCAUCAGCAUGGCCCAGCAGGGCCCCCAGGCAGCACAGAAUAUGGGUCAGACAGCUUUCCCAAGACUGGGGGCAAAGGGUUUUCUGAUACACCUCCAAGAAACAGCGAAAAGUGCUUAACUCCACGGACAUGCCCCUCGCCCAGGCGUCCAAGCUUGAGAUCACUGCAGCUUCCUGAGAACUCAGCUGAGAACUAUCACUGGUUUGACAACCCCGAAGCGACAGCAGAGGGCAGCAGACGACCAAAGAUAAACAACGCUCAGCUCCAAGGAAUACAAGCGGCCGGCUCACCGUUAGGCUUUACCCCCAGAUCUCCCCUUUCUGCCCCUAAUCAGUCAACCCAGGCAGUUUCUGGAAAAUCCGCUGAGGACCUCGGUGUGAUCCAAACCAGUCAUUCUCUGAGUACAGAAGAAAAUCAGCUGGAUGAAGCCUGCCAUGUUCAAUAACCCUGGAAUAAGACUAUUUCAGACAAACCAUCCUGAGGAUAAAGGCUUGUUCUGACAUGACAUUUGGACCAGGGGAG